AUGAUACUAUUCUAUAACAAACCUGGACUUUUAAUUGAUAAGUUAAAGAUCAAUAAGCCAUUGACGAUAAUACAAGAGAAUAUCAAUUAUUUGAUACAAUCAAGGAAUGUAGUUGCAUUCCGUGCACUAUACAAUAGAAAGAGAAGGUACUUUGACAAUCCAAACCUGUUGUGGCAGGCCAUCUCAACUGGAUCAUUGGAGAUUGUAAAGAUACUUGCUGCCCAACGAGAGCCUAUAGCAUUCCCACGCGAGCCCCCGUUGGCCAAGGAGAGUGUACUGGAGCAGGCCUGGAACGAGCGUCACUUUGACAUCUACCUCUACUUCUUUGAGGUGGACAAUCGCAAUCACCUUGGACAGCCCCUUCAUGACAAGGUCGAUCCAAAGGAUCGCGCCAAGCAUCUGUUUACAUCGCGUAAUCCAACUGAUGUCAAGCGCGUACUCAAGAGACUGCCCAAGAUCUACCACGAUGCCCUCGCAAUGCAAGCUCACUCUCACAUUCACAACAUCGUUGCAAUGGGUGAUAUCGAGCUGAUGGACAUGUACAUCGCAGCACGUCAUCAUGGCAAGGGAGACUUCAUAUACAACAUCGUCGAGGGCUACGUUGGCAAUGUCAUCACAAACAUCAUCGAGGCCAUUAGCUAUGUUUGGAAGAAGAAGUGGAAGGUCGAUCUGGACAUUGAUCGAUACCAAACAUAUAUUGGCGAGUUACUGGCUCAGGCCACCAUAGAUCUCCAACAGAUAUAUGAUGGCGACGACACGUGCCAAGUCGAUCUCAUGCCUGAUCUCCUUCUCCUCGAACUACUGGACACAUGGGAUACCAGGUCAGAUCAGAAGCCUGUGGCGAACUACACUUCAUACCAACAACUGUUCAAUAAUAUUGUUGCCACGGGCUCACUUCGAGCCAUCCCCUACCUCAUGAGAAAGAGGUCAUACUGCAAACGAGUCUCAUCACAAGUCUUUGGCGCUGGUACACCUGACCAGGUGCGCGUUGUAAUGAGGUAUCUUCAGAACAACUCGCAGGAGGACUUGCUGGACCUGCCCAAGCUGUUCACAAACAAGAAUGAGCAUUCAAUCGAAGCAAUCCUUGACCUGGUCCCUGGCGAUACAAUGCGCAAGAAGAUCACCUUUUACAGAGUGGACAGUCACUCUUUGUUGAAGGCAAUGCUCAAGCACUGUCCAGACAUACCAUUCCUCGUGAUAGUCAAUGAUCGAACGAUGGCCAACUAUGUCAUCGAGCAACUCAAGUGCAAGACAUCACCAAUCAGCAUAUCAAAUCUUGGCAAUGAUGGUAUUGAUUACCUAUUGCGAGUUGGAUACACCAAGGGCCUUGACACAUUCAAAGAGUACAUACAUUUGCUCUACAACAACAAGCCUCCAAUCCUCUCGGCCUCACUCACCAAAUCGAUACUGAUUGGAGGUAACUUAGACAUCAUCAACUAUGUGUUUAAGUCUGGAGCGAUAAGCACCAAGUCAAUGCCAUCAACUCAUGCUUAUAACUACAUGGCCCCAGCUAUAUUUGAUUAUGUCGUGAUGAACCUGUUUGCCAAACAAGAUAGCAAGACAGUGUAUGAACUUGAUAGCAAUGGCGUGCCAUUAGAGGCUGUCAAGCUGUUCAUGAACAACAGGGUAUACGGCUACACACAUCCAGAUGCCAGUGUUUUGAUAUAUGCGUCGGAGAGAUACAACAUACCCAUAACAUACGCUCAUAUGAAAGGUUAUGUCAUCGUUGGCCUGUACACAAUGGUCAAGUACUUCUACGAUGGCCUGGCAUCCAAACCCAAUGAAAGGGACAUUGCCCAAGACAAGGAACUGAUCAAGCAAUGUCAGUACAGGCAACAAUAUGAUAUUAUGGACUUAAUCUUUGGUCAGUUGUCUCCAGAGGACCAAGCAUCCUUGUUACAGAGUGACCCAUCCAUUGGUAUUGCCCUCAAGUCCUAUUAA